AUGAGUUUAAGAAAUGCAGGAACUCUGAAUGACACAAGCUCUUUAGAUGAGACCACCUAUGAAAAACUGGCUGAAGAAACACUGGACUCCUUAGCAGAUUUCUUUGAGGACCUGACAGAUAAGCCUUUCACCCCAGAAGAUUAUGAUGUCUCUUUAGGGGGGAGGCAGGCAGAGCUGGAGAUGCAGUUAAAACAUGGAAAAGAGGAUCCUGAAGAGGUGCAGUACAAACAAUUUACAGCCUGGCUCUGGGUCAGAGAUAUGUUGACUGAUAUCAUCAAAGGUGCUUCCAAAGACAGCCCAGUGGUGAAAGGAAACUCUAUUUUUGCCUUAACUGGGCUUGCAGUUGCUGUAGCCAAAUACGAAAGCAGCCUUUCCUCAGACACUGAAGGGAUACCUGAGACUGAACCUGAUUUUCUUCCCACAAAACACUGGAUUUCUAUGGUGACAGAGACCCUCUUUAGUAUUGUGAAUAGCCGCUAUCACCCUAAAGGUCAAGUUUUCCCAUGGUUCUACCAGAAAUCCUAUUCAGGUGAAAAUACUGCUAGUAUUAUAGCUCGUUCCUGUGCAGCCACUGCUUUGUCUCUCCUGGUGCCAGUUUUCAUUGUAUCAUGCAAGGAGAAGGUUGAGGAGGUCCUGAAUAUGCUGACUGACAGGUUACCUGGGAAACCAAAUGCUGAUGAGUCUCAAGCUGUUCAAAUCCACAUGGGCCUUGGUUUGGGGAUGUUUAUCUCACGUUUGUAUGAAGAAAAAGUCAGUGAUGUACCUGGUCAACAGAUGAACCUAGUUCUAAUGAAGUCCCUGGAUGCGCUGGAAGACUGCUGCUUUGACACCAGUCUGGAGUACAA